AUGCGUCUUUUGUCUCUGGUACUGGCGUUGACAAUCGAAACGCUUCAACCUCAUGUAUCGGUUGAGGCUUUGAACAUAACGUUCCCCACACCACCAAGAGCAGCUCAAGGUUCGACAUUCAUAUGGACCCGAGAAGAGCAUGAUCCUCAACAAGCUUGGUUGAGAAAGCGGAAGUUGGACGGGACCCCUGGUGUUGCUCCCUGGGUGAACGAUUCUGUAGCGUUGGAUCUGACACCGGGAGGGGGGGUUGACUCAAUCGUGUUCACGAGGGAAGGGCUAUACAAUAUCGGCAUCUUUGAUAAAUCUGACAGCCCGAAAUCGGCUCCUUUACUGCAGCCAAUUGCUAUGGUACAAGUCACUGUAAUCGAGUCAUUAAACUCCACUUCAACUGGAGCUACUCAAACGCCAAGCCAAACACUUUCAUCGACUUCUUCUGCCACAGCAGGGGAAUUACGAGCGGCGACGCCAAAGCCACACAAACUUAGUCCCGGUGCAAUCGCUGGUAUCGCGGUGGGGGCAGCGGCGGCGUUGAUGCUACCCAUUAUAAUGCUUUGCAUCCGUUAUCGCAGGGCAAGGGCUUCCUCUCGUUUAACAGAGACCGAUCCAACUCCUUUCAUCCAAACCACCUCCUCGGUUCAAGGAUUGAGCAAAGAAGCUCGAACACAGAACUCCAGUACACCAAAUGAUCCGAUUGAAGGCUCAAAUCAACAGCUUGCCGGGAGACCCGAAACUAUUCAGCACCAGGAUAGCGGCUGGAGACCACCACUACUCAUUUCGGAAAACGAUCAUAUUCCCAUAGAGUUGCCUCCGACCUACGGGGAUUCGACGAGGAGAGCUAGAGUUGGCCAAACUAGGAACGAAGGAAGACGUGUCGAUUUGGCUGGUAACACAGGGUUAACUGAGAGUGUUUCUAGUCCACUAGAGGCCAGUCCGCUUGAAAAGGUUAACCCCAAUAAGGAGUAUUACAGUCGACAAUGA